AUGCCAAGCCGUAACUGCUGGCGCACACCGGCACCACGUGAAGGUGGACUGGUAAGGCCUGCUAGGCAUCGUCACUUUGGUCAACCCGAGCGAUCUGUUCCUGGUGCACGCGAUCCUGUUUCGGAUUGGAAAGAGGCCUUGGAAACUCUUUGCAGCGUGUCUAGAUCCACUGUUCAACGGGACACCGUCGGCUUCAACCUGGCCGCCGCAAAAUGCGAGAAGCAGCUUUUAUGGCCCUCGGUGGUGCAUUUGCUGUCGGUCACACGUGAGUGCGCCCUCCCGCCAGACGAGGUUGGUUUCAAUACAGCCAUCUCCGCCGGGAGUCGUGCAGCGCUAUGGCAGCUCGCUCUGGGUCUCCUAGGCACCUUCAGCAUCGGGCGCUUGCGCCAUGACGCCUUUGGUCUCAGUGGAGCCUUGCGUGGCUGCAAGGACGCCUGGAUCCGUGGGAUAUCCUUGCUGGGCUCAGCAUUGCAACAACAGGUAUCUUUGAACAUCAUUGUCUGGAAUGCAGCGAUCCGAGGCAGUGGUGACCAAGGCGCCGGCGGCUGGCUCCGUGCCCUUUGGCUUCUGCGCCAAGCAGCCAUGAAGGCCCCGCCGACCCCAGCCUCCUUCGGUGGUGUGCUCCAUGCUUGCCGCGGUUCAGGCGCUUGGCGUGCGUCUUCUUGGCUUCUGGACGUCUCCCGCGGCGCGCGGGUGCUGCCCAGUGCCGUAAGCGCUACUUCGGCCCUCGCGGCUUUCAAGGAGGCAUCCGUGAGUUGGCCUCGGACGCUGGCACUGGCUGCCAGCCUCGCCCGAGGCAAGCUUGAACCAGAUGCAGGCUUCUAUCGUGUCUCCCUAGCAGCGACCAGCGACUGGGUUCGCUGCAUGGAGGCCAUGCAACAGGUCACGGCAGGGAAGUCAGAGGAGAUGCUGACAGAUCUUUCUGCCGCGGUCGCGAAAGCUAGCUGCUGGCGGCAGUGCUUGAGCGUUGGCCCAGCACGAACGCCCUCGGCGGUACGGCUGAAUACGGUCCUCGGUUCCCUCGUAACUGUCAAGCUUUGGGAAGAGGCUUUUCAGCUCCUUCGUAACUUUCCCUGCGAUCGCAUCCACGCAGACACGAUGAGCUUCCACACCGCAGCGACAGCUGCGGAGCUUUGGCCCUGGACUUUGGCGAUGUUGGCGGCCCUGGUGCUUUGCAGGCUUCAGCAAGAUACCAUCAGUGUCAACACGGCUGCGGCUGCUCCGACAUCCCUAGGGCGCUGGCAGCACGCGCUGAGCCGCCUCAGUCAUGGCACCACGAUGGGUAUCAGGACAGACCUUGUGGGUUGGAGCACAUCCAUGGCAGCUUGCUCCACAGCCCGAUGCUGGCAGACGGCCACGGACAUGUUUCAUGCGCUGAGCGAGCAUCGGAUGACGGCAGACGUGUUGAGUAGCAACUUGAUGCUGGGGUGUUAUGCAGACACCGGAUGUUGGCAGCUGGCUGCGCAUCUCUUGCUGCACGAGAUGCGCGACAUGUCCGUUAAAGCAGAUGAGAUCAGUUGGAUAUCCACCAUCACCUCCUGUGCCACAACGUCGCAAUGGCAGUUCGCUGUUGGCCUGCUGACCGACAUGCGCUUGAGCAGGCUCACUGUCUCCAGCAUCGCCGUCAGCGCAGCCAUGAGCGCUGUCGCCCAGGCAUCCCUUUGGCAAAUGGCCGUCGCCAUGCUCGCAGACAUGCAGAAGACCCAAAUGCUGAUUGAUGAGGUAUGUUACGGCAUAGCCAUCGAAGCAUGCUCCCGAGGCGAAAAGGAAUGGUUUCGUCAGAUGGCUGCCGCUUGCGACUGCGAUUUGCGGUUUCCUGAACUCCCAGGCUUUCCUACUUGGCAGACUUUUGUCAACCCCCCUCGAGGUUAA